UUCACAUCAUAAUUCAUAACCCACGAGUCUUUAUCAGUUUUUCUUAUCUAUUUUGCUGUCAGAUGUCGAUUUUGCAGUUCCUUUUUGGCCUAUUUUUCGAGAUUUCUUGAGGGGUCAGCCUUUAUCUUGAUAAUUAUAAUUUUUGGGAAUUUCCUGCAGAGAAAGUUAUCGGACUCAAUUUUCUGGAACGAGGAAGAUCAGCUCUAUGAACACCAUAAAGUAAGAUAUUGAUGCUGGCUCCAAGUGUCCCAAAUGAAUGUUGGACUUGAACACAUGACACUCCAAGUGGAACUGGCGCUUCUUUUCAUCAUAGCCGUAGUCUGGAUUCAGCAUACCCUUUGCGAUGAAACUUCAAGGACGUCUGAAAAAAACAAGUGGACUUGCACUUGUUCUAUUGCACAACAAGCGAAUAUGAACUUUGUCCUAGCAAACUGCUCGUCAUCCUGUGAUUGCAGGCCUGAUGCAGGAGGAUCAAGUGAAAGCAGAUGGACAUGUACUUGUGCUGCUGAUAGGUUGCCUAGAGUGGUAGGGGAAGAUAGUAAUAGUGGCUGUUUUACGUCAUGCGAUUGCAACUCUGGGACUUUAAGUGCAAAGAAGCAUUGGAAGGAGCAGAUCUUGAGCAAAGUUGUUGUGAUAGUUCUCUUACUCUGUGCAGCAUUCAUAACUAUUGCAUUCAUUGCUACAAUGUUAUGGCAUAUCUAUCGAAAGGAUAAACAUCCCGUUCAAUUGCCUCUAUUCUCAUCGGAUGGACAAACAAGCUGCGGCAGUGGUACCAACUUGAUAAACCAGGGGACUUCUUCAAUGGCUGAAUGUAAAGGUCGUGUAGGUUCAUCCAUGAAACCCUUCAUAGGAUGCAUUCCGAAUACAUCCUUCCAAUUCAGAAGCAAAGCUGGAGCAAUACACGGAACGAUUAUACAGUUCUCAUAUUCUGAAUUGGAAAGUGCAACAAACAAUUUCUCUGAAGCUAAUGUGAUUGGAGUUGGAGGAAGCAGCCAUGUCUACAUUGGUCAUCUCAAAAAUGGAAGAAUCGUUGCAAUUAAGCGAAUAAAAACUAAGGCGGGGCCAGAUGCAGAAUAUGUUUUCUUAACUGAGAUAGAAUUGAUAUCAAGACUUCAUCAUUGUCAUGUGGUGCCUUUGCUUGGAUAUUGCUCAGAUCAUCAGGGAAAGCAUGCUGAGAGGCUGCUAGUGUUUGACUACGUGCCUAACGGUAAUCUCAGGGAGUGUUUAGAUGGGGAUUCAGGGCAAUUUCUGGACUGGAGCACUCGUAUUUCAAUAGCUCUUGGAGCAGCGCGUGGCUUGGAAUAUCUUCAUGAAGCAGCUGCACCAAGAAUUUUGCACAGAGACGUUAAAUCCACUAAUAUUCUUUUGGAUGAGAAUUGGAAAGCCAAGAUUACUGAUCUUGGCAUGGCUAAACACCUGAAUAAUGACGGGAUUCAAAGUUGUUCCAGUUCUCCAGCCAGAAUGCAAGGCACUUUUGGUUACUUUGCACCAGAGUACGCAAUAGUUGGAAAAGCUUCCUUGAAGUCUGAUGUAUUCAGUUUUGGUGUGGUUCUUCUCGAACUCAUCACUGGUCGGCAUCCCAUCCACAAGUCUGAAAACAAAGGCGAACAAAGUCUCGUAAUAUGGGCAACACCGCGUUUGCAUGACAGUAGGCGAGUGAUUUCUGAGUUGCUGGACCCACGUCUCAAAGGGACUUUCCCAGAAGAUGAGAUGCAAGUAAUGGCUUACUUAGCCAAGGAGUGCUUAUUAUUGGAUCCUGAUUCUCGACCAACCAUGAGUGAGGUUGUCCAAAUUCUUUCAGCUGUUGCACCAGAGAAAUCUAAAAGAAAAAGCUUGCAACUUCAUUCUUUUAAGUAUUCAUCCAUCGAUGCCACAGAAAUUGGAAACUCUGAUAAGUACGAUGAAGAACUUCUUCAGCCCAUUGCAAUUGAGGAAAUCAAGCAAAUUACAUCGGAACAACCAGCUCGAUCCUCACUGCCUCCCAACGUCAUUACUAAUCUCUGUGUCAACGAGAGUGAGAGAGAAGCAAAUAAUCCUUCCACUGAUAUGGAAAUAUUGAUGCUUACCUCAAGGUCGAAAAAGUGGGAUGCGACAGAGGAUGAAAUAGUGGACUUAACUGAACCCCGGUUUGAAUCAUUCAGUUUACCUAACAUCAACUCUCAAAUAUUANAUUUUUUUUUUUUUUUUUUUUUUUUUUUUUAG